UCUUUUUUUUUUCUCUUUUUUUUAGGUUACUUUAGGGACACACUCGGAAACUACCAGGGCCUAUUCUUCCUGAUUGGAGGCCUGACAGGCCUCACUGCUUCACUAUGGUUGUGGGCGUUUUUGCGAGAAAAAGAAGCACCGUUCUCCGAAGGCGACUCCAAGAGUUCCUCAAUCGCAAGGUCGCCGCGCUGCACGAGAAACUCGGAAGGCUAAAAACGGAACGACGAGGUGGGGAACACCAGAACAGGUUCUCUUUCACCAUAUUUCGGAUGAGAGACGCUUUCCGCCGCCCUCCGUUCCACUUGCCGCGGAGGCCGCCACCACGAACACCGACAAAGCCAAUCCAACUUCGCGUUAAGCGUCACGUUGACCUUCGGGUGGGACCCGGUCACGCGCUGGGCGCUGUCACGUGAUCCGUUCGCAACGCUUGAUUGGCUGCACCGACUCGUAGCGUCCACUGCGGUUUGUUACGCGGCGGCAGCCAAGGGCGGCCCGCCCUCCGUCAGGUAACUGAUAAGACGUGUGAGUUUGAUGAGGGGAGAGCAUGAGCGCUCGUGGAGCGACGAGAUAGCCGAAGCGGGACAACGACCAAAUAAAAACUGUCUCGCGGGGGCUUACCCACGACAACAACGAUGGCAAUCCUGGGAAAGAGGUGCGCGCAUUGAUGUGAGCCAGCGACGGUGAUGGACUCGCCGAGGAGUUGGGCGGUGGCAGCCGCCUGCUGCUGGAUGAACGUGUUUGGGUUCGGAUUAGUGCGUUCCGCCGGUGUCGUGUACGUGGGAAUAUUGGAGACGUUCAGCGUUUCGAGAGAGCAAGCGUCAUGGCCCGUCAACCUGUCGAUCGUCUGCUAUAUGACUGCAGGUCCCUUCGUUGGACUUUUGGCCAGGCACAUCGCCGCCUGGAAGCUGACAAUGGGCGGUUGCAUCGUGGGCUCCCUCGCCGUCGCAGCGUGCUUCUUGGUUAACAGUGUGGCCUAUCUGAACGUCUUACUCGGCGUCAUUCACGGUACAAGCAUAAGCUUCUUGUUGGUGUUCGUCGUGGUGAUCAACCAACACUUCCUUAAAUACAGGGCAAUGGCUUCCGGGAUCAGCCAUGCUGGUUUUUCAUUGGGAGCUAUCAUCUUCUCCCCCCUCACGCAUGUCCUCUUCAACGAGUACGGACUUCGAGGGUCUCUCCUUCUCUGCGGCGCCAUAAUGCUCAACUCAACGGUCGGUGUCUUUCUACAACGGCCGCCUCCAGCUUCAAAACUCGAACUCGCCCAAAAGCGUCAUAGACUGGAACAAACCAUCGAGUCUAACCCGCCCAAGCAAAACAUCAUUAAGGUUCCUGCCUCCUUUGUCACGUGUGAACCUCAGGAAAUCGGAAAAGAUGGUUUGGUCAACCAGAAAAUCGACGUCAAGAAGCACGAUGAUGCCGGCAUAGACCAUUCCGUUACAAAGACAAUGCUUGGCGGUAACGAAGCUGAAACAGGACGGGACACCGGGCAACAAGAAAAGUCAGAAAAUAAGCACCAGCAUUUUCAUCCACAUGACCUUGCCAGUAAGCAGAAAGCAGAAGCCACAAACCUCGAGCCCACCAAAGGCCAAUGUUCAAGCGGAAGUGUACUCUCAUUUUUUACGUUCCCUAGCUUUUAUCUCAUCGCCGCGUCGCAGGUCCUAGUGUUUUUCAUCAUGGGCACGUACACCACCAUCAUUGUAGACUUUUCCGUGGAUAACGGCAUUUCGAGAUGGUACGCUAUCUCCCUGGUGUCUCUGUACAACGCCACCGACAUGAUAGCCAGGUUCGGCUCUGGAUUGAUCACAGACCGCGGAUUUCUCAACAAGAACACCAUGAUGGCCCUUCAUUUUGCCUUGUGGUCUGUGUCCCUGGUUGUCACGCCAUUCUGCACUGCUUACUACUGUCAGGUCGUCCUGGCCCUGGUGGGAGGUUGGUGCAACGGUUGCACGAUGAUCUUGAUCGUCGUAUUUUUUGUGGAGCUUGUUGGAAUCGACAACCUUGGCGUCACUUUUGGCGUGGGCAUCUUCUUCUCGGGUGCUUGUGGAUUCCUGAGGCCCUCCUUGAUUGGUUAUUUCAGGGACCACCAUGGCGACUACGAGGGACUCUUCGACGUCCUCGCCGCGUUUGCCGGUUUGAUGUCCCUUUUGUGGUUGUGCACCAUCGUCAAGGACACGGUUUUGCGAGCUCACGGACGUAGAGCUUCUAAGAUCGAGGGAAGUCCGGCUGCCACAAAGCGCUCUCCCUCUUGGUUCUACCCGCAAUUCAAAGUGAUUAAAAAUGCCAUGUGACU